AUGGUUAGUGAAAGAAGGGACUUUGUAUUACCUUUUGAGCCCGAUUCCAGUGAUGAUGAAAUGGAAACAGACGAAGAAGGGGAAAAGGAACCAACUCGGAUGACGGCGGACUCAACCAGUAUAUACCCUUCAUUUCCGGUAUGCGAUAGCAUUGAGACAUUUGUUUUGGCCGACGGUGACCCAGAUCAGAGUCACUUGCACCAUUCCACAUACCCUGAUAGUCCUGGGCCCUGUAAAACAUCGGUGAUACCAGAUGAGGAUGAGGAGUUCGUCGUUAUCAACGGAGAUAGAUUAUCCGAAGAUGAUAUGAUGUUAUCGGACUAG